AACAUGUCCGGAUCGUUAAGACUCUUAAUUAUAAUAGUGGCUAUUUAUAUGCCUCUAAUUGAAAGUAAUCCUAGGGUGAAGAGAAUUGUGGGUGGAUCUCCAGCGCAAUUACCGCCUCCAGAUGAUCCACGAGUGUUCUUAAGAUUUGCUGCUAAAUCGGCAUAUAUUAAGGGUGUUCUUGAUACUCCGCAUUACGUUUUCAGGGGCAUCAGAUAUGCGCAUAAACCGAAUGGCAAAGAUCGAUUUCAGAGACCAAGGCAGUACUUUUUGGAAGGAGAUAUUGAUGCUACGAAAUAUCCUCCUGCCUGUUUGCAGAAUAUUCCAGGUGAUAGCAGAAUUAUCGGAAACGAGGACUGUCUAUUUCUAAACGUGUUUACUCCGAACCUUCCAGAUGGAACCGAAGGAUAUCCUGUUAUUAUUUGGAUUCACGGUGGUGGUUUCCGACAUGGUUCUGCUUCUCAGUAUGGAAUGAGGAAUUUGGUUGGACAGAAACUGGUUUUGGUUGCUAUUCAGUAUAGAUUGGGAACGCUGGGAUUUUUGAGCACUGCUACUCCGGAGCUUCCGGGGAAUGCAGCAUUAUGGGAUAUGGCUGUUGCCGUGCAAUGGGUUCGAAACUAUAUUGGAUUUUUUGGAGGCAAUCCUCAUAGAAUUGCAGUAAUGGGUCAAGGAACUGGUGCCAGCAGCGCUUUGAUGUUAGCAUUGACGACGAUAGCUCAAGGUUCUGUCAGUGCGGUUGUCGCAAUGUCUGGAACUGCAGUAUCUCAUUGGGCUUUAGAAAAUAGCCCUGCAUUGACUGCCGAAGAAUUGGCACAGUACCAUGGAUGUCCAACCAGUUCGAUACUGGUGAUGUUGAAGUGCAUGCAAAAUUUACCGCCUGACAGUAUUAUUGAAGGUGAUUAUCAAUUGGAAAGAACGAGAUUAAAUUCUAGAGGAUUCGUGUCCGGGAUGAACGGUUUGCUGGGAUCUGCACCAAACGCAGAAGGACGAUUUGACGGGCGGAGUUUACCAGCUGCCAUUGAAUAUCCACCUAUGGACGAGAUGACCAACGGAAACAUUCCAAACAUUCCUUUGCUUACUGGAGUUACUAGAGACGAAACCAAAAGAGCAGUGAAUGGUAAAUACAGAGAGGAAAUUGUGAAAAAAUUGCACAAUAUCCCUAAUUUCCUGGAUUAUGUUUUGAUAAAGAAUCUGCAAAAUUUCACAACAAUAGCGAAUAAUUCGCUUUUGGGAGGUUUCUUUAAUAUUUUGGAACCUUUGAAAUUUAGAAACUACGUCCAGAUCGAGAAAAAUAAUGUGUUGGAAGGUCUGUCAAAAAUAUCUCAAGCUACAGUGGAUGCUCUUUUCAAUUUACCAGCUUUUCUGACCGCCGAUCUCUGGUCCAAGAAGACUUCGAAAACCUACUUGUACAGCUUCGAACAUGUCGGUAAGGCUAGAAAAGGACGAGAUUUCCUGAAAGGACUUUCCCUAAUUGGUAAUCAGACAACUAACGACGAUUUUGUAUCUCAUGGCGAUGAUUUAGGAUAUAUUUUUGAGGCAAGAAAUUUAGAUGGUACUCCUUUGAAUGACAAGCCAGAAGAUUUAUCUGUAGAGGAUAUGGAAGUCCGCGAAAGAUAUACGGCUAUGAUAGCAGAGUUCGUUAAAACCGGAGAAAUUACAAUCAACAACAAACGCGUGCCCUCGUUUUCACAAGAUAAUAGUUUCAUCCAGAUCAGUACUAAACCAAAGAUAACGAAAAAUUUCCGAUUUUGCGAGAUGGGCCUGUGGGCUGGCCUCGCGCAGAGAUUGCAAAGCAAGACUUGCCAGUUUUUGAACGUUAUUGAUUCAUCUAUUAAGAACGUCGAGAAUCUGUUCUUUGAUACAGUUAAUUCAAGUAAUAUUAACAAAUUGGUGCCGACGAUUGACAAUACGCAUAAGAAAAUUGGCGGAAUUGUGAAUAAAAUUGAUAUAUUGAAUAUUGGGAGGAGGCAACAGCAAACAACCAACAACAUGAUUCCACCACUUGGCUUCUUGGGUUAACAAAAUUUAUUUAUCA